CAGAGACACUGCCUGCCUGCUCCCCUCUCGCGCGCGCUCUCUCUUGCUCCCUCUCUCUUCUGCUCUCUCCCUCCCUUUGCAAACAUUGGAUUUAAACCUGCUCAGAAUUCAGCAGAGGAAGGCAGCCGCGGUCGGUGGCAGCAGCAGAAGCAGUGGCAAACCUAUCCCCAUCCGCGGAGACGCCGCAGCCGCCUGAAGAUGUGUCACCCGGCUUGCUGGAUCAUCUUCUCGGCCACCACCGCCCUGCUCUUCAUCCCAGGAGUGCCGGUGCGCAGCGGAGAUGCCACCUUCCCCAAAGCGAUGGACAACGUGACGGUCCGGCAGGGGGAGAGCGCCACCCUCAGGUGUACCAUAGAUGACAGAGUGACCCGGGUGGCUUGGCUUAACCGCAGCACCAUCCUGUAUGCCGGGAAUGACAAGUGGUCCAUAGACCCUCGCGUGAUUAUCCUGGUCAACACCCCGACCCAGUACAGCAUAAUGAUCCAGAAUGUGGAUGUGUACGACGAAGGCCCCUACACCUGCUCGGUGCAGACAGACAACCACCCCAAAACCUCCCGGGUCCACCUCAUCGUGCAAGUCCCUCCCCAGAUCAUGAAUAUCUCCUCAGACGUCACCGUGAAUGAGGGGAGCAGUGUGACACUGCUGUGUCUUGCCAUCGGCAGACCUGAACCCACAGUCACCUGGAGACACCUAUCAGUCAAAGGCCAGGGCUUUGUGAGUGAAGACGAGUACCUGGAGAUCUCCGACAUCAAACGGGACCAGUCUGGCGAGUAUGAGUGUAGCGCCUUGAAUGACGUGGCCGCGCCCGAUGUACGGAAAGUCAAGAUCACAGUCAACUACCCUCCCUAUAUCUCCAAAGCCAAGAACACGGGUGUCUCGGUGGGUCAGAAGGGCAUUUUGAGCUGCGAAGCCUCCGCGGUACCCAUGGCUGAAUUCCAGUGGUUCAAGGAAGAUACCAGGCUCGCCACCGGCCUGGAUGGGGUGAGAAUCGAGAACAAAGGCCGCAUGUCCACCCUGACCUUCUUCAAUGUUUCAGAAAAGGAUUAUGGGAACUACACGUGUGUGGCCACGAACAAGCUGGGGAACACCAAUGCCAGCAUCACACUGUAUGGGCCUGGAGCAGUCAUUGACGGCGUAAACUCGGCCUCGAGAGCGCUGGCCUGUCUCUGGCUCUCAGGAACCCUCUUUGCUCACAUCUUCAUCAAGUUUUGAUAAGAAACCCUAGGUCCUCUGAGCAACGCCUGCUUCUCCAUAUCACAGACUUUAAUCGACACUGCGGAGGGCAAACCAGUUGGGCUUCUUUUUUGUUGUUGGUUUCUGUUCUUGAUUUCAUUUUCAUUUGGAGUUUUGUUCAGUUGGUUUCUUUGAUUUUCUUUUUCGUAUUUGAAUGAGCAGGGUUGGGGUGGGGGAGGUGGGCUGGGUUCUACCACGUGUAGGAUAAUCCUUCAUUGGUGUGUCCAAGAAAUAGAAUCUGUUCCUGCCACCCUAGCCCCUCGCCUGCCUCAGCCAUUCUCCCACCAUCAUCACCCCAUCCCCUUCAACUGCCCCCUUCCCCACACCUCAUCAAAUCAUAAAGCUCCAUUUGGGC